ACCAUGUGUCUCUGCCCUGCUGGAAGUGGGGGCACAUCUGCUUCCCAGAGGCCACAUCUGUUCCAGAGGGUGGUCUUGAGAGACCAGAGAGUCGCCAGUGAUGGUGUGCACAGAGAACGAGUGGAGCCCUGCACGACUGCUUAGCACAGCAGAGCUGGUUGCUGUGCUUACUGGUGGGCGGGCGUGAACCUCAGGACCUCAGUGUCUCACUCCAAGAGGAAACAUGUCUAAAAAGGGCCGCGGCAAGGGUGAGAAGCCCGAGACGGAGACGGACUCUGUGCAGAUGGCCAAUGAAGAGCUACGGGCCAAGCUGACCAACAUCCAGAUCGAGUUCCAGCAGGAGAAGAGCAAGGUGGGGAAGCUGCGGGAGCGUCUGCAGGAGGCCAAGCUGGAACGCGAGCAGGAGCAGCGUCGCCACACGGCCUACAUCUCGGAACUCAAGGCCAAACUGCACGAGGAGAAGACGAAGGAACUGCAGGCGCUGCGCGAGGCGCUCAUCCGGCAGCACGAGCAGGAGGCAGCGCGGACCGCCAAGAUCAAGGAAGGUGAGCUGCAGCGGCUGCAGGCCACGCUGAAUGUGCUGCGAGAUGGCGCCGCAGACAAAGUCAAGACUGCAUUGCUGGCCGAUGCGCGCGAGGAGGCGCGCAGGACCUUUGAUGGCGAGCGCCAGCGGCUGCAGCAGGAGAUCCUCGAGCUGAAGGCUGCGCGCAAACAGGCGGAAGAGGCACUCAGCAACUGCAUGCAGGCAGACAAGGCCAAAGCCGCGGACCUGCGCGCUGCGUACCAGGCGCACCAGGAUGAGGUGCACCGCAUCAAGAGAGAGUGCGAACGUGACAUCCGCAGACUGAUGGACGAGAUCAAAGGAAAGGAGCGGGUGAUCCUGGCCCUAGAGAAGGAGCUUGGUGUGCAGGCCGGGCAGACUCAGCGGCUGCUGUUACAGAAGGAGGCUCUGGAUGAGCAGUUGGUCCAGGUCAAGGAGGCAGAACGCCACCACAGCAGCCCAAAGAGGGAGCUUCCUCCUGGCAUUGGUGACAUGGCGGAGCUUAUGGGUGGCCAGGAUCAACAUAUGGACGAGCGAGACGUGAGGCGGUUUCAACUGAAAAUUGCUGAACUGAAUUCAGUGAUUCGGAAGCUGGAGGACAGGAACACCCUGCUGGCGGAUGAGAGGAAUGAACUGCUAAAGCGCUCUCGGGAGACGGAGGUGCAGCUGAAGCCGCUGGUCGAGAAGAACAAACGCAUGAACAAAAAGAACGAGGACCUGCUGCACAGCAUCCAGAGGAUGGAGGAGAAACUCAAGAGCCUCACGAGGGAGAAUGUGGAGAUGAAAGAAAAGCUGUCUGCUCAGGCCUCGCUAAAGCGACACACAUCCCUGAAUGACCUCAGUCUGACCAGGGAUGAGCAGGAGAUAGAGUUCCUGAGGCUGCAGGUGCUGGAACAGCAGCAUGUCAUCGAUGACCUCUCUCUGGAAAGAGAACGCCUGCUGCGCUCCAAGAGGCAUCGAGGGAAGAGCCUGAAGCCCCCCAAGAAGCAUGUUGUGGAGACAUUUUUUGGAUUUGAUGAAGAGUCCGUGGACUCUGAAACAUUGUCAGAGACAUCCUACAACACAGACAGGACAGACCGGACCCCAGCCACGCCUGAAGAGGACUUAGAUGAGACCACAACCAGAGAAGAGGCUGACCUGAGGUUCUGCCAGCUGACCAGGGAGUACCAGGCUCUGCAGAGGGCUUAUGCCCUGCUUCAGGAGCAGGUUGGGGGGACACUGGAUGCUGAGAGGGAGGCCCGGACUCGGGAGCAGCUUCAAGCUGACCUGCUGAGGUGCCAGGCCAAAAUCGAGGACUUAGAGAAGCUGCUGGUUGAGAAGGGACAGGACGCUGCGUGGGUAGAGGAGAAGCAGGUACUCAUGAGGACAAACCAGGACCUGCUGGAGAAGAUUUACAGGCUGGAGAUGGAGGAGAACCAGCUAAAGAGUGAAAUGCAAGACGCCAAGGACCAGAACGAGCUGUUAGAAUUCAGAGUGCUAGAACUCGAAGAGAGAGAGCGGAGGUCGCCAGCCUUUAACCUCCAAAUCACCACCUUCCCCGAGAACAACAGCAGCGCUCUCCAGCUUUUCUGUCAUCAGGAAGGAGUAAAGGGUGUGAAUAUCUCUGAACUUAUGAAGAACUUAGAUAUCCUUGGCGAUAACGGGAAUUUGAGGAAUGAAGAGCAGGUUGCAGUAAUCCAAGCGGGAACUGUGCUUGCCCUGUGUGAAAAGUGGCUGAAGCAGAUAGAGGGGACAGAGGCAGCCCUCACACAGAAGAUGAUGGACCUGGAGAAGGAGAAGGACCAGUUCAGCAGGCAGAAAGGCUACCUGGAGCAGGAGCUGGACUACAGGAAAGAAGCCCUUGACCAGGCCUACCUGGUAGGAUCAGAAAAAAUCCAGGACCUGGAAGCCACCUUGUACAAUGCACUGCAGCAGGAGCCAGGGCGGAGGGCCAGUGAGUCACUGAGCGCCAGCCAGCGUGAGGACCUCCAGGCAGCUGUAGAGAAGGUGCGCAGACAGCUCCUGCGUCAAAGCCGGGAGUUCGACAGCCAGAUCCUGCGGGAGCGAAUGGAGCUGCUACAGCAGGCCCAGCAGAAAAUCCGGGAGAUGGAGGGCAAGCUGGAGCUGCAGAGGCGCCAGCUGAAGGAGCUAGAGGAAAAGCAUUCAUUCUGUGGCCUUGACGACUCCCAUGCGCCGAGAACUCGGGCUAGACAAAGAGCUUUUGGAAUCACCUGAGUCCCCAUGGUGCCCCAUCCUCACUGAAACCAAAAUCCAACAGUGCAACAAAGCUUUUCAAAGUCUGGAGCUUGAACACAGAACUUAUGCACAUUCGACAGUCACUUAAAGGGGAGGCCUGGGGACCUGGCCAGCCUCUGCUGUGGACCUCUGCAGGAUAAUGACGAGCCUCCCCAGUAUCCCCACUGUGACAGCUUCAAGAGCCAAGGGCAAAGGUGGAUCUGGAUGGCAGAAAUUUAAGUGCAAUUAGUAGAAACCCAGGACAUUGGUAGCUGCUGC